GCUGAGUACGAGACGGCGAUAGGAAACCAAAGACAAGCGUGGGGUAGGUCAGCGAUGGUGGUGGUGGUGGUGUUGUCGGUGAAGUACAUCAGAGCUCAGAAAUGGGCAUGGCGGGUGAGACGUGCAUAUAGGAGCUAUUUGUGGGGUCCGGUGAACAACAAGCACAUGUAUGAGGUGACGGCCUGGCACGGAUAGUGCACUUCCGCGCAUUUUGUUUAUGCAGAGGUGUCUCUAGAGGCGAAAUGGUAGUCAGACAACCCUCUAGUCGACCAUCCGGUGUCGAUGACAGCGCAGCAACGUCAUUGGUCCAUGCGUGAUGGAUCACCUGGGUAAGCGUCACGAUCACCGAGCUUCGCGACAUGCACGCCUCUGUUGACGCGCCAUGUCAUAACAAACAACAAUCCGCUGUGUGGAUGACCCUCGCCCGCUGUCUUGAUGGCCGAGACUGGGAACGCUGAGCCCCAGACGCCGAUCUCUGAGGGGCCCAGCUCGCCCACGACGCCGACGCAGAAGAGCAGCAAUGGUUCGGCCAAGUCGAUGACAGGGGAGCCGAUUGAGCAGCAGGACUUUGCCAAUCCGACGCUCAGUAUAAUACAAAGCUUUUCGCGCAGCACCUCUACAGGCUCGCUGGCGUCAAAAGAAGAAGCCCCGCCGCCGCUGCCACCACGACCCGGACUCGGUCUGCUUUCACGACCCUCGACGUCGCACUCUACAGCGCCCGGAAGACCACAGCUCCUUUCCAAAGCCACCACACAGCUGUCCGUGGCGAGGACACAGGCAUUUGCCACAGACGCCAAAGAUGAGUCGCCAACGUCUUCUGGGCCCAAGCCGCGCGACGUCCUGGGCGCAAACCUAGGCUCUCAUAACCUCAGCGACGCCGACGACAGCGCGAGCAUACGCAGCUAUGCGCCAACGAUAGAGGCAGCAGGGUACCAGGAGAGCAUACUGGGCGAAGUCAUGGGCCAGGUUGAAAAGUCGGAGCAAGAGAAGUCGCUGCUCAGGACAUUGGGUCACAAAUUCGUCGAUGCCGAAGCGCAGAGCAUGUUUCCCCCAGAUCCGUAUUUCGAGGCAGCUUUCCAUCGCGAGUUUGACGACGUCGACGACAUGGCUAUGGACGGAUCGAACGAAGAAGCCGUGAUGCACCAGUGGCGCGCAAAGCUGAAGCAUUUCCUCAUCCUCUCGAGUGCCGGCAAACCUAUAUAUAGCCGACACGGCGACGACCAGCUCAUCACAAACUACAUCGGCGUCGUACAGACCAUCAUAUCCUUCUACCAAUCCACCAACGAUACAUUGAGAGGUUUCACAGCGGGACAUGUACGCUUCGUCGUCAUGUCAAAGGGCCCGCUCAACCUGGUCGCCAUCACACGGCUUCCAGAGAGCGACUCUCAGCUUCGGUCGCAGCUGGAAGCACUCUACAUGCAGAUCCUAUCCACCCUUACCCUUCCUAGUAUGGAGCGCAUGUUUGCUGCACGCGCCAAUUACGAUCUCCGUAGACCGCUGCAGGGCACGGAGACGCUACUAUCAGCGCUUGCAGAUGGCUUCACAAGAGGCUCACCAUCGACAUUGCUCUCCGCUCUCGAGUGUCUCAAGCUUCGCAAAUCCCACCGCACCACCAUCAACAACACCCUCUUGAAAACCCGCUCCGACAACCUGCUCUACGGUCUCUUGGUAGCAUCCGGAAAGCUCGUGUCCGUUGUCCGACCCAAGAAACAUAGUCUACACCCCGGCGACCUCCACCUGAUCUUCAACAUGCUCUUCGAAGCUGGCAGCGUCAAGGCUGGGGGUGGAGAAAACUGGAUCCCACUAUGCUUACCAGGCUUCAACAACACCGGUUACUUGUACAUGUACGUCAGCUUCCUCAACCUAGAACACCCAACGGAGCAGAUGCAAGAGCGACCUCGCACGAGCGACGGCGCGGACGAUGAGGUCGCGGUCCUCCUGAUUAGUGCGGAGAAGGAAAGCUUCUUCGAGCUUAGACGUAUGAGGGAUGAUUUAGUCGAGAACUUGCAGCGCAAUGGAUCCAUUGAGGCUAUACGUACAGCGGUCCAGCAAGGGCGUCCCACUUGCACGGAUAUCGUGCCCGGGAGUCCGUUGAGACACUUUCUGUACAAGUCAAGGGGUAACGUGCAGUUUACCAUGCCGAGUUACACACCGUAUUUUGAAGAUGACUUGGAAAGGAGACGAUUGAUCAACCUCUACAGCAAACUCCAUAGUAACGUGCACAACAAGCCAUCAACGCUCAAGGUGCAUCAUGAGACGAACACGACGUGUAUAGCGUUGGCGUGGAGUACACCGCUGUUUGAACUAUAUGCUGUUGCACCGGCCAAUACAUCGAGGGCUGCGCUGGCGCAGAGUGCGAAUAAAGUCAUUCAGUGGGUGCGACGAGAAGAAGAAAGGGUAUUCAUUAUAGGAGGCGCUGUGUUCUGAUAGAUCAUCCAUGCAAGGUAAGAAGAACCACGGCGCUAUAAUACCCAUCAAUGCAGAAAAUCAUAAGAGUAUGUGUAAUACAC